AUGGCGACGUUUAAAUCCAUAUGCGAAGACUCACUCAAGGAGAGAAAAGAAAAUGUCGGACUUGAGAGAGUUCUGGGGAGAGUAUUUGACGAAUUGAUAUCAGAAUUUAAGGCCAAGUUUAUUAAAAAAAUAUCCGUCCUUAUUCACGAAGUGAAGCAUAGUGACUCCGUUUUGGAAGUUGCCAAAGGGGGGGUCCACUAUAAACGGGGGAAAUAUGAAAGCAGGCAGAAGGAGCGGGAGGAAGGAAAAACACGCACUGAUGACACAUUGGGUGUUUACUUGAGUAGCUUCACAGAUUCAAAGAGGAAGAGUUUGUUCGAAAAAAUAAAGAAAGAGAUUAACGACCAGGGGGUGGACGAUGUCACUGAGAGGAGAGUCGCCAUGAAAAAAUUGAUCACAAACGGAUUCACCACUUUAGGGGAACGCAAGAUAUACGACGCGAAGGAAAAAGUGAACCUCGAGGAUUAUGGGAAGAAAAAAAUAGACGAGGUGAGUGUGUUGGAUAGAAAGGGUAGCACGGUGGGUAGCGCACGAAAUGAGCUCUCCGAUAUGCAGAGCAAAGCGGGGAGUCGGAAGUCGGGCAGGAGUGCGCGCAGCAGGGAUGUAGCUGGGGAUGGGGACGCAAAGCGGUUUGAGGAGUUGGGGAAGUUCGACGGGGUGGAGAAGCGGAACAUGUCGGAGGCGUCGGAGCAGCUGAGCAUGUCGGACAUGUCGGAGAGGUCUCACAAGUCAAGGGCGUCACACAAGUCAAGGACGUCACGGACGAACCGCCCCGGGGAAGAAGACCUUUGCAUGCCGAACGGAGAGAGCAACAAAAGUGAAAAGAAAGAUGCCUACACGAACCUCAUCAGUAAGUACACCGUGAAACGAUUGUUUUCUAAUAGACUGCACACCGACGAGCUGAGUGACACCCAUUGUGGCAGUGAUGAACGGAGAGCAGAACCACUUCGCAGUGCCCACAUUGACAAAGCGAGGAGAUACAUGCACGUACCAAAUGGCACCGCUGCAAGGGGGAAGGAACCGUCAAGCAUAAGUAACGAAUGGAAGAACGCGGAGGAUAAAAAUUACAAAAUUGUGAAAAGAGAUUUUGACGAGCGUUCGAAGAGGAGUACCAAAUCGAAGGCGAACUCGAAAGCGAACUCGUUGGGGUCGGAACAUGACCCACUUGAUUUCCUCAUCGAAGCAGAGGCUAACGAAAGGAAGGAGUUGCAGAAAACGAGGGGGAGAUCAAAUGGCAAUUUUAAUAUGCAUGACAAAGUAGAGGUGAAAUCGCACAAGGGGGACUCUACAAGUGUGAACAAAAGUGAGCAGUUAUUUUUUGAAGUCAUUAGAGGGAAAAGACGGAAGCAUCUCAAAGGCUUCGAAUGCAAAGACUGCAAAUCGUUUUAUGAGGAACUCUGUUGGGAUGGUUCCGAUGGGGGGAAAAAGUACAAACGGGGUGCGGAGCACCGACCUUGCAACAGGCACGAAGUCAGCAAACAUGCCCAAAACGAACUCUUACUUAAAAAGGAGGAAAGAGGAGAGAAGCCUACAAGAAAAAAUUACACAAGUCGAGUUAGCGAAUAUGUCAAUGAAAACUACACGAAUGGGAGAGAACCCCAUACGGCUAAGUCAUUUGGAGAGAUGGCGUUGGUAAGCAGCGCAAGAUAUUUGAAGAGUGCUGAGGAAAGUGUGGACAUGAGCUCCGGCAAGUACGCCGAAAGGUGUAUUGACAAAUUUAUGGCAAAAUUUGAGGUGAAGGGAGAGAAUAAGGACAGCUUGGUUAAGAUGGACCAAGUGCAGGAGGAGGAGUUUUACGAAGUGGACGAGGCAGAUAAGGCAGAGGAGCAGUUACCAGCGGAGGUGGCGGAGGAGGCGGAGGAUGCCGAAGAGAGACGGAAGGAAAAUAAGAAAAAAAAACUGAUUCAGUCUUUUUCGCGCCACAGGUAUCAUAGCAAAGUUAAUGAUUCGCCAAAAAAUUUCUGGAGCUUCGAUUUUUUUAAAUAA